CAUUAUCCGCAUUGUUCAAAGUAGAAACGAAAUCGCUUAAUUCCGUUUGUGAUAUAGAAAGAAAGAGAAAUGUCUGGUGAAAAAAAAUUUAAACUUGAUACGGAAUGCGGUAUAAAUUUGUACACACGUUUGCAGUCGAAAAAGCGUGCAACGAUUGAGAAUUUGUCACCGGAAAUUAUUCCAAGCUAUGGUCCAAGGCCAGGCGAAAUUGUUGAAAUUAGUGGCGAAUCGGGCACGGGCAAAACGAUACAUUUGAUGGAAUUAAUUGCACGUACAAUUAUCCCUGUGGAAUUUGGCGGUAAAGGUGCUUCUGUGAUAGUUAUUGACACCAAUUCAAAUUUUCACGUGCCGUUUCUGCUACCUAAAAUCAUCGAAAAACACUUGAUUCAUCACCGUACAUUGGCAUGUCCAUCGACUGACACUGAAGAUUUACAAGCCGCCACUCAUAAUAUUGCCGAUAUUGUUCUAGAAUCGAUGCAACGAAUAACGUUCUUCAAAUGCUUUUCUGGUACAGAAUAUAAACUAAUACUGCUGUACUGCACAAAUCACUUAACAGCAAACGCAAGCAUCAGUUUGUUAGUUGUCGACUCAAUUGCAACAUUCUACUGGAGUGAGUUUACCGAUGAAAAACCUAUUCGAAUGGACAUGUAUCUUCAACAGCGGGUUCAGGAACUUCGCCAAUUAACCAAUGAAUUCAAAGUGGUCGCAACGUAUACACGUCCAGCUGAGUUUGGCAGCACUUCAACGGUUACAAGCGAGCAGCAUGCUGACUAUAAAAUUCAACUGAAACACACCAAAACACCAAAACAAUGGCGAGAGGCGCGUAACUACUAUUCCAAUCAACAAUCAUCACGACCAUUUUCAAUCAACAGUUUUGGCAUUCAAUGGUUGUCUUCCACAUCCUAAUUAGGAAUUAAUUCUUCUAAUUGAUAAAUUAGCUUAUUUUUAUAAAAGGCUCUGUAUUUUAACAGAACAAAACAAAUACAUCAAAAAGUGU